GAGUAAUCGAUUAUCGAGGUACCGACUGAUAGCAGACGAUUGUUUGCAAUCGACGGUGACAUCGAAUCGAUGACAUUAGUAAAGAGAAUGAGUUCAAAAGUUGCAAUUAGUUUAGAAAAUAUAUACCCGAAGUGCAUAGUGAGAAUGCUGAUGUGCAGCUGAUUAGAUAGUUUAAUAUGUGCACCGAAAAAAAGAUGCCCCUUCGGAUUUUUUGCACUAGUCGAAAAUGGUUGUCAGCGGUAAUCACAAGUUAACCUCAAUUGUACGGUUUAUUAAAUAGAGAAAAACAAAAUUAAGUGCCAUAGGGUGGAGAUAAUCACACGGAAUUUGCUAACCGCCAUGGAGAAAUCAUCUAGAUUUGGUUCCGAGUACAUUCCUCUUGUCAGCGAAACAUCUACAAGGUUACGUUUGCUGAUACCUUUUUCGAAGAUCGCCUGGUUCACCGUCUCCCUUCCGUUCUUAGGUUUCGCCUUCUGUGUCUGCUGGUCUGUGCUGUACAAUUUCAAAGAAGCUACUUUCACACACUGCGAGGUGUACAAUUUUCUUCCAUCAAUUUCUGCCGCCAUUGGACACUACAAGCCUCAAAGCGACGUCUGGAAGGCGGCAAUUGCCAUCCAAGCACACACCAGGGUACUCGUUCUGAUUAUGUACUAUCGACACUAUAAGGAAACGGUAUAUAAGUGGGCGCAGUUUGUUGCUCAUAUAGCUCUGGCUGCUUAUGCGAUCGAAAACACUGCCUUAGUUACCUUAAGUUUUUGGUCUUCGCAUGACAAUUAUGCUCUUCACAAGUUAUCGUUCAUCACCUUCUUGAUAAUGUCUUUGUUGCACAUGAGCCUGUCGUGCAUGAUAACGAGGAGUUGUAGAAGCCCAGCUAAAGAUGCGGUUGAAGCAAGUUCAUUCAAAUGGAAAUGGCGUAUGCUGUUCGCUAAUGUGUCUUCGAUACUAUUGGCAUGCUAUUUUUUCUACAGGCACAAUAAAUACUGCGAGGCGAACGUGUACUCUCUCUUUGCCAUGUCAGAGUAUAUGGUUGUUCUGACCAACAUGGGAUUUCACAUGACUGCGGCUUGGGAUUUCGCAGGAAGGAAAUUUUUAGUAUCUUUAAAGGGACUGAGAAUAAUCUGAUUAUCCAUACGAUCAUCCAUAUGAUAUAUUUAUUACAUAACAUUUAUUUAUAUACAUAUAUUGUACAUUUAUGUACAGAUAUCGAGAUUCUCAUGCAGAUUUGGACAUUAAAUGUACAGACUCCUUUUUAUACGUAUUUUUAGAUAUCUUGUAAUUUUAUAAGACUCUGCCAUUCAAUGUCCACUUUGAUGCGAAAACUCCCGGAUAUUUUUCAUAAUACCACAUUUAUCUAUAUUUCAUUAUACUGUAUUAUGUAACGUUAGAUAUGGAUGACACUUUUAGAUUUUACAAAAUAGCAUCUCGAAGUUAGCUAUAACCAAGUUGUUAUUUCCAAAGCUAGGAUAUAAAAGUGUAUAAAUACUUAUACUGUUUAUUGUAUCAUACUGUAAAUUAGUCUUCUGAUAUCAGAUGAGGUUUCACGGUUUGUAUUGUUAUUAUCAUUACCGAUGAUAAAUAGAUGGAUUUUACGUCAAAGAUCACUUUGUUUUUCAAUAAUUCUUAGGUCUCUAAUGCAACAUUUGACGUUUUCUCAGUGGACACGAGUAAGUUCCGGUGAGAUUCUUUGGCAAAGAAUUAUUAUCUCUUUGGAUGCGCGUAUAAUA